AUGGCGCCUCGCACACCAUUGAUACUCAUUUUAACCUGGUUCGCAGCGAAUUGCUGCGCUUCUGCGAUUUCGUCGUCUUCAAGUCACUCACCCACUCGCACAUAUGCGGCUUUGGGGGAUUCCUACGCUGCCGGGGCAGGCGCUGGCCAUCUGAUAUUCACGCCAGGCUGGGGCUACGGCUGUGGUCACUGGUCAGAUGCCUAUCCCGUUCAGAUUUCCAACAGCUCAAAAUUGGGCUUCGGCGAGUUCAGAAACCUCGCUUGUGGCGGCGCCACCAGUAGCACAGUGCUUCAUGAUCAGGUUCCGCGCAUUGCCAACUCUGAUGUCGUCAGUAUCACGGUCAGCGGGAACGAAGUGGAAUUCUUCAUGGUGCUCAACGAGUGCGUCUAUCACUGGUGGACAUCAUCGAGUUGCGAGGCCAAGCUAGUCGAGGCCAGAGCGCGCAUAGAAUCUCACGUGCUAUGGGACAAUUUCCAAGCCCUCGUUCGAGGCGCUCUCGACAGAUUGAAACCUGGUGCAUUAUUAUUGGUUACGGGGUAUGCGAGAUUCUUCAACGAAAGGACCGAUAUCUGUGACCACGUCACGUUUAGCCGCACGAGACCGCUGGAUUACCUUACCAAGGCGAAGAGGACGGCCUUGAAUCACCUGGUUGGCAUGUUGAACGAUGUUAUCCGAGCGACUGCGGAGGCUUAUGGGGCAGUGUACGUCGAUAUAGAUGCCGCGUUUGAAGGUCAUAGGUUUUGCGAAGCCGGUGUGCAGGAGCCGGACCUGGGAAGAGAGGAGACGUGGUUCUUCAAUCUUCCAUCGGCUAUGACCGACGAGGUUGUAACGAAGCAGCCGUUGCAGAAUCCGAUCGGGGUUGCACAUGGACGCAGCAUCGGAGUGUCGAACAGCGACAUCCUCGAUAUGGAGAGGUGGAGGGUGUUUCAUCCUACGAGUCUCGGCCACAAAGGGAUUGCUGGGGUGUUGAUAGACGAGGUCGUUGCACGCCACGACGGCUGGGUGAGUUAA